AUGGAGGAGUCUGUGGAGAAAGCGUCCGCUGCUGCGCUAGAGCAGCAGCUGGUAAGCCAGAAGGAGCAGGCCGAGGCGAAGCAGCGAGAGCUUGCGUCCUGUUUGGAGGCUUCCAAGGCGUCCGCCACGGAAUUGCAGCAGCAGCUGGCGAGCCAGCAGGAGCAGGUCCAGGCGAAGCAUCAGGAGCUCCAGACGGCCUCGGAAGCUUCGAAGGCGUCUGCUGCAGAACUGGAGAAGCAGAUGGAGACCCAGCAAGCGCAGGCGGAUGCAAAACAUCUGGAGCUCGCGGCUUCGCGUGAUGCCGCGAAGGCGUCUUGUGCCGAGCUGGAGAAGCAGCUGGUGGCACAGCAAGAGCAGGCAGAGGCGACGAAGCACGAGCUUUCCAGUUCCUUGCACGCUGCAAAGGCGGCGAACGCAGAACUGGAGAAGCAGCUGGUGACCCACAGAGCGCAGGCUGAGGCGACGCAGGAGGAGCUCAAAGCUUCUUUGGCUGCCUCGAAGGCUUCUGCUGCGGAGCUGGAGAAACAGGUGGAAGCGCAAGAGCGUGAGCUCGCGGCGGCGAGGGAGUCGACCCAGGCUUCCACGGCCGAAAUGCAGAAGCAGCUUGACGAGCAGCAAAACCAGGCAGCGGCGAAGGAGAAAGAGUUGAGUUCAUCCCAGGCCACAGUGGCCGAGCUGGAGAAGCAGCUCGCAUCGCAGAAGGAGCAGGCUGCGGCGAAGGAGCAGGAGCUUUCUGCAUCCCUGAGCACAGCCGAGGCCCGGUCCGCGGAGCUGGAGACCCAGCUCCGAGCCGCCAAGGACGAGGCCGCUUCGAUGGCCUCCGGCAACCAGGCAGCGGCGCACGCCAGCCAAAAGGAGCUCGAGACGGCUAGAACGCAGGCCAGAGAGCAAAGCGCUGAGCUACAGGCAGCCUUCGACAGUGCCAAGGCUGCUGCCAGCGACGCCGAGACACGCCUACAGACAGCUCAGGAUCAGACCGCAAAGCAGAUCACGGAGCUGCAAACAGCCUUGCAGGCUGCGAAGGCCGCUACCGACGAAGGCGAGAUCCGUUUGAAAGCCGCCUUCGAGCAGGUGGCCACGGAAACGCGUCUUCGAGACGAGCAAGCAUUGGCCGCACAGGCCAAAACGUCGGACCUGGAAUCACAGCUCAAAGAAGCCAAGGAGGAGGUAGCCUCUUACCGGACUGCUCAAGUGUCAGGCAACCAGGUGGCCGAGCAGCUCAAGAGCAGGUUGGAGGCGUCCGAAAAGCGCUGCACGGACCUGGAGGUGCAAAGUGCCGAGCUCGAGAGCAAGCUUCGGGCGGAGACCGAAGAGGUGGCCAAGCAAAUGCGUCUUCGAGAAGAGCAAGCGUUGGCCGCGCAGGCCAAAACGUCGGACCUGGACUCACAGCUCACAGCAGCGAAGGAGGAGGUAGCCUCCUACCGGACUGCUCAAGUGUCAGGCAACCAGGUGGCGGAGCAGCUCCAGGGAAGGUUGGAGGCGUCAGAAAAGCGCUGCACAGACUUGGAGGCGCAAAGUGCCGAGCUUGAGAAUAAGCUUCGUGCGGCGACGGAAGAGGCUGCCUCCUACCGGACAGCGCAAGCCUCGGACAAGCAGGCGUUGGAAGCGGCCCAACAACGAUGCGCGGAGCUCGAGGCGGCCAAGGAAGCUGCAACGAUCGAAAGCACCGACACAGCCAAAGCCGAGGCCGCCGUCAUGCAAAGCAAGGCGGCAGAGCUGGCCGCCCAGCGAGAGUCCGAGCGGCUCAAGGCGGAGAACGCCGCGCUGGAGCGGGACGUCGUGGAUUUGGCAAGGAUGCUGACCGAGCUGAAAGCCGCAGUUCACCAGUAUGCUGGUGGAGGGAUUGGCGGCUCCUAG